CGCCAAAUUCACUGCAUCAUGGCCGCAAAGCCGCCGCCAAAGGGGACCGACUCGUUCACGCCAAUCUUGCCGCUCCUUCCUCGAAAAAGCAUCAAAGGCAUGGAUUCGUCUGCCAAGCGACGAAACAGCCACUUCGUCGACGCCCAUGGGCGGUGGAAGUCCUCUCUCGAACUGCCCGACGUAGCAGCCGUCGACUCGGGGCAGGCCCUCGAAUUGAUCAAGGUGGCGCUCGCAGCCGACCCGAGCACCCGCAGUGACACUGAUAUCCUUUUUCUCCGCGUGGUGUGCGCGCCUGACGAAUACAUUCCCAUGUGUCCUUGACCACCAUGGCGGUGCACCUCUCCAUCUCGUGUACAAGUGGAUGAAGGACAACUGCAAAAACACCAUGAUCUUUGGAUCGAGCCAUGACUACAUCGGCCGUGAAAUCUGCCGACAAAUGCGGCUGAUCAAGCUGCCGUCCCGCGCGAUGUUGAUCCGGCAGGGCGACACGGGCGACCGAUGCUACAUCCUGAUCGAUGGCCUCGUCGACGUGUACUGCAAAGACGAUAGCCACAUCUUGACCUGCGAUGAAACCACGACUGAUCUCCAGUACAACGUGGUCAAGGUCACAACGGACUAUGGCGAGUACAAGGCGACCCUCGGCCCCGGCGCCGUGGUCGGUGACGUCGUGCUGUUGAACCCAUCCGCGCGGCGAAAUGCCACCGUCAUCGUGUCCAAACGCACGACCGAAUGCUGCCUCGUGUACCUCGGCCGUGUCGACUACGUUCGGCUCAUUCGCACCGUGUCGAUGGAGACGUCGCAUUACGUCCAAGCUGAAGUCCUCGACUACAUGUAUCUGUUUCAAAAGUGGCCCACGGCAGACCGGAUGAAGCUCGUGGCGCAGAUGCGAUCGACAACGUUUCGAGCCAAUGAUUACCUGUAUCGAGCAGGAACGAUUGCCACGACCAUGUUCGUACUCGUGUCGGGGGAAGCGAUGGAGCGGCAGAACUUCAACUUGCUCGAGUCGUCCCGGCCAUUGGCGUCCAAGCACAACGCGGCCGAGGUCAAGAUCAACAUUGAGCUCAUGUUGCUCGGCCCGGGCGAAAUCGCCAAUGAGCAUGCUUUCCUCAAGGCGAACCAAGUCGGGGCGUUCGACAUCAAAGCAGUGACUGACGUGCAUGCCUUGUGCAUCUCGGUACACGCGGUGGCGUACGACGAACGCGCUGACGGCGUCCGCCAUGUAGCGGCACAUGUUCGAGUGCAUGACAGUGUCCGACAAGGAUUUUGUCCAAGAUAUGUAUUUGAAACUGGUCGCGCUGGCGGCCGAUCGCGACGACUACCGGCGGGAACGACUCGAGUUCGGGUCGCGGUACCCCGACGCCCACGUGGCCAUGUGUGUUGGGCUGCGAUAUACUGACGCUGAUCUCGUACGGAUGCGGUGCGCUCUAGGACGUGGCACUUGAUGCGGAUGGGCAACUUGCGAUGCGCGCGGUGCGGUCGGCGAGGCCACGUGGCCAACGAAGUCGCUCGGUGCCAUCACGACCGCAAAUACGACUGGGCGCCGCUGCAACUCCGCAUUGAGAAGCAAGUCGGACAAACCCAGGCUGUGCUCCAAAAGAUGACGCGGGCAGCGAGUGCGGUCGUGGCGUUCGAGCAACUCUCCCAUCCCGUGUCCAGACGUUCGCCGCCUCUCCAUCUCGACCACCUCCUUCAAGAAAACGAUGCCUUGUUGCCGUCGGCGAAAGAUCAGUUGGCUGAAUGCUGGCGCCAGCGUCUCCGAGUAUAUCCUUGCAAAACGCUCUCGUCCAUGCAAAAUCGGACGAUGCUUGCAACGGAAGGGACCAGGGACAGCGAUCGCGACGAUCGAGGUCGUGGUGUCGGCUGCAAGAAUCCUAUUUAAACGAACGCACGAUAACGACACCGGGAUUUCCCUGAAGUUGCGUGGGAUGGACACAACGACACAGGAAACGCUAACAAUGUGGACGCGAGCAGUCGCACCGACGUUUGCGAGUCUGUGCGGCAAAUGCUGAGCUGGGCAGUUCAAGUCGCUAGCGUUCACUUGUGUUGUCGAGAAGGUGCUCGAGACUCUCGUGCACUUGGCGCUGUCCUUGGACUCCGUGUCUUGGUAUCAUUCAGCUCUCGCGCACGAUGUGCCAUCCGCCUGUGGACCACGCAACUCGCCAGCUCCGUUCCUUUGACGUUUUCGAGGCAUGCGAGCGCGGUGGAUUCGCCAAACGCGCUCCCACUACUUCGGCAGACACAUGAUGCGCUGAAUGCCACGGGAAGGCGCGAUGCCACGCCGACGGCACGC